GUCCAAGAUAAGAAUACAUUUUUUUUAAAAAACUGCUUUGCAGCAGCUUCAAUUGAUCUGUUUAAAACUGGAGAUGUUGCAGUCAGUCUGACCAGCAGGGGGCAGCACUCACAGAAGUAGGACAAUAGUGGGUUUCAGGGUUUCUCAGAAGUCUUGCUGCUUUAAUCUGUGUUAAUCUAGUUUAAUCUGAUUCAUUAGGAAAUGUUACAUAAACCUGAUCUGACGACGACCCUAAAAGCAUUGUGCGGCUCACCUCAACUCACCUGUGAGAAAGACUUCACCACUACUGAGCAUGUGCAAAAAUAUAUCUGAGGCCACGAGAAAUGCUCCCUCAUCACUUUUUAGUAAUUAUCAUUUUUCUGCAGAGUAAAGCUGCUGUCCACUAGUAUACGUGCACAAACUCACGCACAUUUAUGCAUUUGUGCACGUAGUGCUGUUCGUCAAAUUGGCUUUAUAUUAAAAAAUGAAUCUUUCAGGAUUUACAUCCACUUCACUGGAUUUUUGGAAACAAAAAAUCCAUUUCUGUUUUGAUUCUGCAGUUUUAGACCACAAUGUUGUAAGGACUGAGUCAUCACAUCUACUUUUGCUCUGUCAGACCUACACGCGUGCGUGUCUGUGCGCGCGUAGGAUUAUCCCUGCAGGUAUUUAAACUCACCGUCCCUCUAAGAGAAAGCCCAUCAUGCAGCAGAUCUACAGACAGAGAGACGAACAGCUGGAGGUCUACACCACCGUCUUCUCUCCACGAGUCUGCAAGAACAGGAAAGGACAUGUGGAUACUCAGAAGUGGCAGGUGGUGGAGGUCCAGAUGGAGUACCGCUCUCGGUGGCCAAAGGAGCUGGACCUGAAUCCGGGAGACCUGAUCCAGGUUCUGUUUAAAGAGGAUGAGACCUGGUGGUUCGGACGGCUGGUGAAUGGAGACGAGGGUUACUUCCCAGUCGCCUGUGUAGAGCUGCUGCAGGACAGAGACUCAUCCAAGACUACACCCUCUCUCCUUAGGAGGGGCUCAGUACCAGCCAUUGUGGAGACAACUCGGCCCCCCUGUGGCUGCACCAGCGGUCACAACACUCCAAAGCUGCUGAGGAAGAACAGUAUCCAGCGGCAGCUCCAGCUCAGCAGGACCCCCACAAAGGCUGAACCCGGAGCAUCAACGACCCCCCAGCGAUCACACAGCCUCCUCCACCGAGUCCUCUCCAAGUCCAGGAGGAAGAGCUGUCCACACAUACCUCACUCCCACAUGGACACCAGCUCUGACAAUGACGGCUUCCAGCCAGAUUAGAGUGGAUUUGAGAACUUGUCCCAGGCCACAGAAACCAAGUUCAGCUUUAAGUUUUUUUUUCAUUUUUCAUUGACCUGGAAUCCUGAAAAAAAACAAAAGUGUUAACUGAGAUUCCACAAUCAAUCUCAGCAUUGAAGAUCCAGGUUUCAUUUAAGCUUCUAGAGAACACUCAGGACCUGAAGUUUCAGUAAAGAUCCUCAAUAUCUGUCAUAUCAUGCUGACUCUCAAUACAAUGACAAUGUGAACUGUUUCUGGAUGCUCCUCAAACUGAUCUGCGAUGAUCUUGGAGUUUAAUCAGACAUUUUGAAUGUGGCACUUUAUAUUUCCUUAGAAACUCGUAAAGAAUCAGGUACAAAAAAUUAUAGUGACGGUUAUCAUAAUUUUUUUUUUUUUUGACAAAUAAAUACAUAAAAUCGAUAUUUUUCUUUCAAUAAAUAAAGAGCUUAAGUCUUCUUCACAUGCACCUGCAAGGGGGCUGCAAGUUUUUGGGCGUAUAGAAGGUCAUAGAGGGGAGCGGCCCCAUCUUAUUGGUAGAGCAGGUUCGUGUUGUAGGUCUCUCUUGGUUUGUAAUACCACCUUAAGGACGUCAGGAAAACCUGUUUCUCUCACCAGUUUGUUAUUUAUUGUACUUGUCUGCUAAAAAACUUUUUUUCACCUACAUUGAACAGUUUUGAGAUAAAAAUAAAAUAUAAAAGUUGUUACGGCCCUGAUGUAUCCGGCACUCUUUGUGUAUGGUUUGUCUGGUUGUGUGCUUGAGUUGGAAUGAAUGAGUUGGUGUGCAUGUGAGUUUUCUUUCUUUAGGUCUCUGAGCUGAGAGCUGCAGCUCUGCAGAGUGUGGACCCGCCCAUCUACAUCUACACCUGGACCUCAUCAUGCAAUCAGCUGAGGACCCGUGACUGAGGAUCCACACUUGGAUAAAAGAGCUGACUUCUCCUCCAACAUUGGCAGCUUUUGUAACACCCUUUCUGGUGGUCAGCUUGCCCAUGGUGAAACUCCAACUUUAAGUUCCAGUCCUCUUUCUUGUGGACUUUGGUGUGGAGCUUAUUGUUGAGAGCCUGUGUCAGAAACUGGUCAAAGUUUGUGUGUGUGUAAGCAUACUUUAUAGACCUGGUGGGUCUCAGUCUGACUCUCACGUGGAGAGAAUUUGUGUUCCUGUUUUGUAUAGAUUUAACCCUUGUUUUCUUUUGUUGAAAUUCUAUUUAUGUUAAAUUUGCAGCUAACAGCAAAUUAAAAGCUGCACACCACUA